AUCCACCUGCACUUCAUUACAGAGCUGCAUUUUUGUACAUGCCGCACCACAAGAUCACCAUGAUGACAUAGCAGCUUCAGAGCACAGCGUGACUAGGGCUUUUUUUUUUUUUUUCUCUUGUAACACAGAGGAUCUGGCAGACGUUUACCUCCUGACACUGUUUACAGCAUAUAUUGGUUGAUACAGUCCCUUAUUGCAUCUGCUCUGGGAAUUAAGGAAAGCAGCUUCAAGGCAGUAAGGGACAAGACACAUUGCAAAGAUGACUCUAAACUGCCUACCUGUCUUUCUGGUAUUGAUUAGUGGCAUUUUUUGCCAAUAUGACUAUGGUCCUGGAGAUGAUUAUGGUUAUGAUCCUUUUGGGCCAUCUGCAGCAGUCUGUGCCCCAGAAUGUAAUUGUCCUUUAAGCUAUCCUUCUGCAAUGUAUUGUGACAAUCUUAAACUGAAAACCAUUCCAAUUGUACCAAGUGGAAUAAAAUACCUUUAUCUCCGAAACAACAUGAUUGAGGGCAUCGAAGAGAAUACAUUUGAUAAUGUAACAGACCUGCAGUGGCUGAUCCUAGAUCACAACCAUUUGGAAAAUUCAAAAAUUAAGGGAAAAGUUUUCUCUAAACUGAAACAUCUGAAGAAACUUCAUAUUAACUAUAACAAUUUGACUGAAGCUGUUGGACCACUCCCCAAAAUGCUGGAUGACCUGCAAUUAAGCCACAACAAGAUCACAAAAGUCAAUCCCAGUGCACUUGAGGGGCUGGUGAAUCUGACUGUCAUUCACCUCCAGAACAACCAGCUGAAAGCAGAAUCUAUUUCUGGGGCUUUUAAAGGCCUGAAUUCACUUCUGUAUCUUGACUUAAGCUUCAAUCAACUUACGAAGCUACCAACAGGACUGCCUCACUCCUUGCUCAUGCUGUAUUUUGACAACAACCAGAUCGCCAAUGUUCCUGAUGAGUACUUCCAAGGUUUUAAAGCCCUGCAAUAUUUACGUUUAUCCCACAAUAAAUUAACAGAUUCUGGAAUACCAGGCAAUGUCUUCAAUAUCACAUCACUAGUGGAGCUGGAUCUCUCCUUUAAUCAGCUGAAGAGCAUUCCAACCGUCAGUGAGAACCUUGAAAACUUCUACCUCCAAGUCAACAAAAUAAACAAGUUUCCACUGAGAAGCUUCUGUAAGGUUGUUGGACCAUUGACCUAUUCCAAAAUCACACAUUUGCGCCUGGAUGGAAACAAUCUCACUCGGGCUGAUCUGCCUCAGGAGAUGUACAACUGCCUUCGGGUAGCGGCUGAGAUCUCGCUGGAGUGAGGCACCUCGCAGCUUCCAUUUGCCUUCUAGGGGUCGUAACUAUACGAAUUACAUCACAAUAGCUCUUUAAAAUUAGGAUAUGCCUUAAAAAAGUGUCAAUCUGCAUAUUAUCCAUUCUGUUUGUUAAUAUUUAGCAUGCACUUGGCAACCUUAAGGAAAUAUCUUUGUGCAUAUUUUUACAAAUGAUUGUAUUUAGGAAGUACAAGAAUGGCUUGAUUCAGCACAAUAUAAGCCCUCGUCUGGCCAGUAAGUUGAAGAAAAACAUUCAAUCUUGUAAAAAAACUAUGUCCAUGCAUACAGUACAUGUCAGCCAGUGACAGAUGUAUGUGGAAGUCAGAUGGGUUUCAGUACAGUGCUGAGCAGGAUGGGCUAGCCUCUGUAAAUACAAGAUGCUCCUGCAAGCAAGCAAAUAUUCUUAAUUAUUCAUGCCUUUCUCACAUUUUUAUCAUUUAAAAAGGAAAUAAAAUGAUUUAACAAUAUAAAAGCAAUUUAAAAUGUAUGAAAAGAAAUUUUAAGAGCCCAUGAGAAUAAAGAAUAAGUGGAAUAAGUGAAAUAUAAUAGGGAAACAAGAACAUUUUUCAGGUUAAAAAAACUGUUUACUCUUCUUUUUGUCAUACUUUCAUUUAAACUUUCAUGGCAAGAUUUUUAUCCAUUACUGGUAGAAUUGUUAUUUCAAAAUAAAUCAUGUAUACAAGUAUUUUUAUUCAAUUACUUGCAUGCUACUUUUAACCAGACUGUAGAAAAUAAAACAUAGCAAAUAGCAUUGUUGUAUCCAUAUCAUUGUCAACUACGUUUCAGUCUUUUAUAAAUUGAAAAAAAAAAGUUCAGGUUAAAAUAAAAUAAUCUAAGCUAUUAUAUUUUGCAAAAGUUAUUGUAAGGUUAAAUAAACUGUUUUCUCUA